AUGGAUACCCAAAUUCCAAUCGUCCUCAUUUCCCUUCUCCUAUCAUCACUACCUCUGUUUUCAAUUUCUUCACCCCAUACCUUGCUCACAUCCUCAUCCCUCUCGGUAUCCGAUGUCCUAUUUUCCCCAAACAGGGUCUUCUCUGCUGGCUUCCACUUCGUCGGUGAAAAUGCCUACUGCUUUUCUAUUUGGUUCACUCAACCCACAUCCGAUAGCAAUCUCACCGUCGUUUGGACAGCCAAUCACGACAAACCCAUCAACGGAAAACGCUCAAAACUCUCUCUCCUCAACUCCGGCGACCUCAUAUUGACCGACGCAGCCCAAUUCACAGUCUGGUCGACAAACACCAAAUCAAUUCCCCCGCUUCAAUUACAGCUUCUAAAUACCGGUAACCUCGUUCUUCGAAAUCCAAGUGGUUCAACGAAUGUUUGGGAAAGUUUUGAUUCACCAACGGAUACCCUCCUUCCAAACCAACCCAUAACCCGUGUUGGGUGGAGUUUUCCUCGGAUAUCUCUCGUUUUGUGCUUGGUUUAUUUUCGUGCUUGUGCUUGGAGGUGUGAAUCGGGGUCGGGGUCUCGACCCAACAGUGGUAUCAGAGCCGGAGUUGCUGGUUCGGGGUCACCGGAGAAGCACGGACAGCCCGUUGGAAGGAAAGCACGGAGCAUGGCCUAA